UCUUCUAAUCAAUGUCCUAAGAAGACAAGGAAGGAAAAGAUGAAAGUAAAAGGAGAAAAACUGAGAGCUUAUGAUUUUUUAGUUAAAAAUCCAGAUUCUAAAUAUAUUGUUAGGUCUUAUAUUUCAGGUCUUAUAUUAGUUCCUCGGGAACUAAUAUUUUAGGCCCGGUCAUGCCGAGUUCACCUUUGUGAUGAGAAUGUUUGGCCAGUAUUAUUCCUGAGGAACUAAUAUUUUAAUUUUAUUUAAUUUAGAUUAACUUAUAAUUAAAUAGCCACACAUGCCUAGUAGCUACUCUAUUUGACAGCACAAAUAUAGAUAAUUGUAUAAUCACUGUGAUCUUAGAAAACAAAUUAUGUUAUUUUUAUUCAUUCAGAGAGAUAAAAGAAAUUAUGACUAGUUUUUACUUUUUUACAUCAGGAUUUUAUGACAUUUUCUAGCUUUAUAAACAAAAAUGCAUGAUCCAACUUCCAUGAGGUGAUAUAGGGAGGUGUUACUGAGGAUGAGGCUAAUGUACAUUAAAGAUGUUAGCAGGAGAGUAGAAGUUCAUGGCUGUGAUACGAAAGGUAUAGAGGAGAGCAAAGCCCAAAUAAUGUUUACUUUUAAGCCAGCGAAUAUUGGAUUGUUUUUGCGUGCUGAAAAUAACUAUACUUUCACCAGGCAAACACAACAGUCCGGAUACUGUUGUCAUUCUUGUCAGUAGGGAUAGAGGUGGACAUUAGGAGUCUGUCCCCGGAUACGGAGGUGUCGGGAAAGCAGCCCUUGGAAGGUCCCUGCAAACCUCCCUGAACUGGGUGUUCCAUUGUGGUGUGCCCCUUCCAACUGGUUCAACUGGGGACUGUGAGAAGUACAAAUUCAGCCUGGUCAUGCUGAGUUCAGCUUUGUGAUGAGAAUGUUUGGCCAGUAUUUCUUUACUUUACACUCCGUCUGGACUUAGUUUGGAGCGGAUUUUUUUUCCCUCUUAUUCAUAGUUUUUUUUUUUUUUAGAAGUAUUGUGAUACUUUCUUUUCAUGUAUGUUUACUUUUCAUUCCUCAGUUAAUUGGAAGCACCUUGAGGUCAGAGGUUGAUUCUAUUGCUAUGUCUGCUUUGUAAAAAUAUGACAGUCUUUGCAACCUUCAUAUUUUUUUCCCAAUUCCAUCUUGCAGAGAAGGAAUGCAACCCACAGAGAGGAUAACUUAAUUCUAAUUAAAUAAGCCAGGGACAAAGUAACUCAGUUUCUCAGCUCUUUGACCUUAUAACUAAUUCCAGCUAAAAGAGCUCUAGGACUCAAUAGCAGUAUAUGUUUAAAGCAACAGAAAUACUGAUGAUAGUUUUGAAAACUAAUUGGGAAAUACCAUUUUUAGGGCUUAUUUUUAGAUGUAGUUGUUGUUUCUCAAAUUGGGGGCAUAUUUGUCCCAAGGGACUGGGGCCAUACACUGGCAGGUUUAUACAACCUCAAGAUGAAUGUGGAUGGUCUCCCUAAAGGGUCAGUUCACUUGUAAAUUUGGGAAAGUAAUAUUGAAUGGUGUUCAUUGUAAACAAAGUUUUAAACUUUUGUUAUUAGGACAAUCAGGGUUCUAUUACAGAGUGGAAUGCGUAGACUGUAUGAAUUUCAGGGCAUCUUCACAGUAGAAUCUAAUUGUUUUUCCUCUGCAUAUUGGGGGCUUCUGUGGGCCUCCAUCAUUAUUCUCUGCAGUUUAAAUACUAGAUACGAGAUAGAAACGUCUGAGAUACACUCAGGCAUGUUUUAACCCAGUCGGUUGGAAAUAAAUAGUCUGUAAAUCCAAAUGCUGUGUAAUAAAAUUGUAAUGGAGAAGGGCAACACUUCAUUUUUCUGUGCUGUCUCAUCGUUUUCUUAUUGUUUAAUGUUAAAACAACAAAUUUAGGAUCUGGCUUUUUAACUGAAAAAUCAUAAGCUCCUCAGUUUUUCCUCAUUUUAUUUUCAUCUUUUCCUUACGUGUCUUCUUUAGAUAUUGAUUAGAAUAACUUAGGGCAGAAAAAUAGUUUAUACCACAAUGUGGUAUAGAAAAAAUUAGAUAUCUGCAUACUUCAUUUGUAAUUUUUUAUCCAAAGUGCACCUGCGGCUGGGCGCAGUGGCUGACGUCUGUAAUCCCAGCACUUUGGGAGGCCGAAGCAGGGGAAUCACUCGAACCCAGGAGGUGCAGUGAGCCAAGAUUGCACCAGUGCACCCCAGCCUGGGCAACAGAGUGAGACUCUGUCUCAAACAAAACAAAACAACAAAACACAAAGUGCAUCUGGAAAAGCCUUACAGUUGACUUUUCUUUCGAUAUAUUUUACAAGGUGUUGUGGAGUAAUGGAGGGACACCUGCACUGAGAAGCAGGGGACCUGAGUGCUAGUUCUGGUUUUGCUAGUAAAUCUUUGCAACCUGGGCAAGUCACCUUCCCACUUUGGGCUCUAGGAUUAUAUACGAUUAAGUGACGAUGUACUAGAUGUUUUUCUGUGUCUCCUCCAGCUCUUACCUGCACUUAUUCAGUAUUCCCAAUCCUAUGAGAAUUGACUUUUGAGAAUUUAAGUAACAGAAUAGCCAUGUUCUUCACUUCAUGUUCAUAGUGUUGCUCUCUAAUACUUGUAAGAACACCAAGUGUAUUUUUUAAAAGUAUUUCGUUUCCUUACAUAUACAGUGCAAGGAAAUCUUACCCAAUUUAACUGAAAUGGUUUCUUCCACCACUUAGUCAAUCCUGGGCUAUAAAGGCCCUAAAAAUGUAGGAACUUUCUGUUUUCCAAACUGCUUUUGUUGAGUUUUUAAUUUGUGUCUUUUUUUUAAAUCAAUUUUAUGCAACUAAGAAUGUAUAAUCUGUUAUUGGUGCCCAGGGUUUUUGUUUAGAGAAUUUCUCCUCUUCCCUUUAUUUCUCAGUUUGUGCUAAUAUUCUACCCUGGGCACUACUCCAAAUGUCAGGCUACUGCUAUAGCACAGAUAGUCUUUUCGAUAGAUUCUGGGGAGGUAGUGUUAGGUGCGUUGUGAAACUCAUGCAUUUCUGAUAGCAUUGCAGUAUUUCAUGUUGGAAAUGUUGGAUAGUACUUUUGUGAAACAGAAAAUUUAUCUCACGUCUCUCUGCUUCUCUCUGUUCCCUGGUUAAGCACUCUUUACAUUUUGUUCACUUUCUCACAGUAGGCUUUUACCUUGCCUCAGUAAUUAUCUUUUCCUUUGGAUGCAUCCUAUACCCUGUUGCCUGCAUAACCUAAACAUUCAGCAUGAGGAACAUCUCCCCUGUAGAAACCUUUAAUGCCAUUCUCCAGGUAUUUAAUGUUAUCUUUACCCCAGCCUGACUGACUCUUUGGCCUUGUUGCUGCCAAUCUCCUUCAUAGAUCGCUCCAACCCAGCCAUGCUGAAUCUACCACCAGCCAUUCUCCAAAACAUCUUAGACUGUCUAACCACAUCGUCUCUGUUCAUACUGCCUUGCUGCCUGGAAAGACACUCUCAUCUUUCCUCUCCCCACCCCUUUACUCGCCCAUCCUGUGUGGCCGCCUCAGUGCCUCUUCCUUCCUGAAGCACCUCUCAGUUCCCUCCAUGCUUCCUUGAUGGCGCUUUUCUCAUAUCAGAAAUAACCAUCUUUCUUUGCUCUCCUGGUCCUCUUUCCCUUGAAUGACAUAGAUGCUGAUGUUGAACAAUGAAUAUAGGAGCGGUACUCAUUCAUCGUUACUGUGACCUCAGCCACAUGCUAGGAUCUCACGUGCUGUGUUUUAUAAGUGUGUUUUGACUCGAAAGGAGGUUUAGUGGAAUAUUGUCACAGACUAGGAUUGUUUUCUCCCCGACUGGUGCAGUCUUGAAAAGGGAAGAGAAUCUUGACACCACAGACUCCUGAGUUGUGAUAGGAGGCCAAGAAGUCCCUGGGGGAAGCCGCGUCUGACCAUAUUGUCAACAUCCCUUCCCUCCUGGGAGCUGCCAUGAGCUUAUAUAUGUUUUUGGAGAAUGGAGGUGUCAGCCUUCUUUGGGAGGAGACUUACUAAGGGCCGUCUAGCAAAUGCCGAGUGAAAUUCAUUGCAAAUAUAAAGUGGGCCAUUUUUCUAUCCAUUAAAGACUGUUCUUUAAAAUUUUUUUAAUUGAUUAAUUUUUAGAGACAGGAUCUUGCUCUCUUUCCCAGGCUGAAGUGCAGUGGUGCAAUCAUAGCUCACUGCAGCCUUGAACUCCUGCCCUCAAGUGAUCUUCCUGCCUCCCAAAGUGCUGGGAUUACAGGCAUGAGCCACCGUGCGCCACGUUCUGAAUCUGACCUUGGGCCACCCCUCUUGCCUCCUCUUCCUCUACUUCCCAGUAAAGAACCCUCAGCCCCAGGCAGGCCUGCCUGCCUUAUGAUCCCCACCUCCCUCCCAUCCACAGCUCCACGCCUUGUCCAUGCUUCCUCCCUGCAGGUCAGUCCUCUCCUUCCUUCAGCAUAGAUUUGGGGUCUGCUGUUGGCUAGCCACUUUCAGGGAUAUACCUGUAAACACAAAACAUGCAAAAAGCAUCCCUGCUCAUGGAGCUUAUGUUAUGACAUAUGGGCUGUGCUUUCUCUUUUCUUUCACCUGUCCAGAUUCUAGAACAAGUUGGCCUUUCCGUGGAAGCCAUUGCUGACUGUUUCGACCCCGGUUCUUUUCUUCAAAAUUCUUGGGGGCACUGGUUACCUGUUCCUCCCCUUUGAAAUACACUGCCUUGUAUUUUUGCACUUUUUAUAUGUGAGUAUCUUACCUCCUCAAGUACAUUUGAAGCUUCUUGAGGGCAGACACCAUGUCAUUUGUCCAUGAGAGAGUGUGCACCAAGGUUUGUAUACUCCAUAUGUACACAACCUUAAAGAUUAAAAUUUAAAUUCCCGAACUGACCAUAGGACUUUGCAGUUAGGCACCUGAUAAAUAUUUUUAAUUGAUUUAAUGGUAUUUAUUGCUCUCUGCUUUUUCAAGGGGAGCAGCUCUAAGAGCAUGCGAGACCAUUAGCCAUCAAGCGUUUAUUAAGAUCCUCCCCGUGUCACUACGUGACGCUGCUAUUUAAUCUGCCGCCGAGGACGCGGGCGAGUGCCAAGCACAGCCUCUGCCCACACUUCAUCAACUGAGCAAAUCACCUCUGCGGUCCUCUGUGUGAUGUUCGUAAAGCUUUACUGUAACACCGAAGCUGUUAUCCAAAGAUGCAAGAGGCACCGGGCCAGGAGGAGGACUGCUAAUGAUGGCUGCAUGUGAUUCUUGAGCUCAUCUUGCCAUCAGACACCGAGAUGUAAAGCAUCAGCAGACCUUUCUUGUCUUUGUUUCUCAGUGGAGGCCAAUGGUGUCCAUUAUGAAACCCACCGUACUCUCGGUAGGGCAGCAAGAUGAGCUUGUGGUGGUUUUGCCUGACCGUGUAUAUUCUUUUCCAUGGUCCUUCAAUAAAAGUCUACUCAGGGGCAGUCGUUAGGGGUCAUAGACCCCAGCAGAAGCAACUUCUAUGGGAGACCCCACUUGUGACCUUGACCUCAUUGGUCCAUGUGCCAAGUAAGCAGAUUGUGUUCAAUCUAAAUUUAAAAAUUGACAUAUAGGUUUUGACAUUUUUUUGUUUACAGUGGCUUUUUUAUUUUAAUAAUCAAGAGGUAACACGUGUUGUUGAAAGAACAGACUUUCAACAGCAAUGGUUGUUGAAGAUGAUGUAGGAAGUCUGUAGAACAGCAUACAUAAACGUGUAAAAGGUAAAAUUGACUUUCAGUGGCUGAAAGAACAGACUCGAGAGCCAGCUGCCUUGGGUUGAAAUCCCAUCUCUGCCGUUUACCAGCUCUGUGAGCUUCAGGAAGAGAGUUCCCCUCUUUAAGUGGGGCUCACACCAGUACUUAACUUCCAGAGUCGUUGUGAAGAUGAUGUGAGUUUCUAAGUACAGACAUACUAGGCCCAUAUAUAGAUGAAAACAUGCAUGCUUGGGUAUUAGAAAUUAUGACUACAUUUUUAUUUGUACAUUCUCAUCCCUUUUCUUCGAGUAUUUGGAUUUUUUUUCUUUCUCCACAUAUUUAACCUUUCAUAGAUCGUAGAAGAAACUUGUGUCUUUAACUGUCAGGAGGUGGUACAGUGAGCCAGGGCUUCCCAGAAGGCUCUUACACUGCCAGGACUACAGAUAUGUCUAUUUAGAUAUGAGUUUGUAAUACAUUUGUUGUAUGCUUCCAUCACUGCAUUCUUAAGGUGCGUGUUCUUAUGAGGCACCCUGUCUGACCUUACAGUGAUCAGACCACGCCCGACAGGAAUGGGCUGGAUUACAUGGGUUUGGGUGGAUUUAUAACCAACAACACAGCCAGACUUAAAGAAGUUUGAUGAAAGGCGAGUGGCUUUGUUUGGAGGCGCUGGUGCUGGGCCCUAGGCUCAGUCUGUGGCAUGCAUGAGAAGCUAGUGGCUUAUCAACGAGGAGAGAAAAUCAUACCCUAGAAGGGAAAAUCAAGACCAUAUUUGGUUAAGUAUGUGGAGAAAGAAAAAAAAAACAAAUAUUUGAAGAAAAGGGAUGAGAAUGUAUAAAUAAAAAUGUAGUCAUAAUUUCUAAUAUCCAAACAUGUAUGUUUUCAUCUGUAUAUGGCCUAUUAGGUCCUUAUAUGCUUCUGAUCAAGCAUACAAGGUAAAAUUGAUGAGGCUGUUAAAAAGUGCAUCAGUAGCAGUUGGUGUGGAACACAUUCUCAAGGGGGUCACAGGGUGACAGAUAGUCCAGGACAGGGAGGAGUCAGUGCCACGGGGAGGACUCAGCAGGAGGAUGCCACGUCGUCAGAGGGAAAUGGAUACACCAGACCAGAGCAAAGGGGGGACCCCAGGAGGGCAGAGGAUGUGAAAAGCGUUAGGUGGUUGAGGGCAUGGAAGACGUUUUAUUUAAUAACAUUCAAAGCAAGCAUCUCAAUGGAUCGGUAGAUGAAUAUAUAGUCUGCAUGCCUGCUGAGUGUCCCAGACUCUAGGCAGCUAGAGAAGAGCUGAUCUGGGCACAGGGACCUGGUUAGUGUUUGUAGCUAUCGGAUGGGUGAUGGCGCAGAAGAGGGUUAUACGUUUUGUAGCCUCCCGAGGACAGAAUGGAUGUCACUGUGCAGGGGUGACAAGAGACGCUGAUUUGAACUCAACUCACAGGGGGGCCUUUGCCAGAGCCUGAGCUCUGCUGGGGGAGGUUCUGGAGGACAGGCUGAAUCACCGGAGUCAGGAGAGGAUAGGACGCUUUCAGGAUUUUAGCCGGGAGACCCACGUGGGGACCCUGUAACUCUGAGUUUUGGGGGCGCCUUAUGAAGAGCUUCAGUGCAUUUCCCAUCUUUGCUGGCACCCCACAUUUUGUGCCCCUGAUAGCUGAGCUGCUGGGUUCAUGAGGAUGUGGGAGAAUUUGCUGCACAGUCGUCUGCCACCCACCCCUAUGGGUUUCUGAGAAUGAGAUAAUUUUUCGGUUAUCUGGAUCCUGAGCGGAGGCAGCGAGCGGUGCCUGUUUUGGCGUUAUUGGAUUUGGGAGAGUUUGGCAGUACCACUGCCGUGAGAUUCGUUUCCUUGGCCUCUCUGACUCCAUUUUUCUCGGGUUUUAUGUGGCUGCUCUACUCCUUCCAUUGUGUCCUCUCUCUCAGCUGCCGCCCCCGUCUUCCUCCUGAGAUGUUUACGUGUUGCUUCUUGCACUCUAAAUAAAGACUAAUGUUUUUUCUGCUGGCAUAAAUUCCUCUGGGUGUGUGUGUGUCGGUGUGUAAAUGCAUGUCCACAGGUGUACACGUGAGUGAUUCAGCCUGGGGUUCACAAUGAGCGUGGCACCCGUAGUGCGAUGAAAAGGACAUUUUUAUGCAGAUACGUGAUUCAUUUUCACCUUGCUGAUCUUAGCCGUAGACAUUUUUAAGAAAAAGCGGAGGAACCAGCCACCCCCCAAAUCCCAUGAAUCCCACUUCUCGGUGCGAUUGGAGUUGUGUUGUUGUAAGCGCAGGAGAGGCUCCUGCUGAGAGCGAGUUCCUGACAUAGUGACCUCAUUCCCAACGCCGCCCUCCUCGCAGCGGCAGAAGCCGCACUGGCUGGUGCUGGGUGAGCUCCACCGCUGCCCGGGCUGCGAGCCUGACGCUGUGUGUCGGGAAUGACGAGACCCAGGCUUGCAAGGACUUGCACGGCAACUGGAAUUUAUGACAAAUAGCUCACUGCAGCUAAACUUUGAUACGGUGUGCAGUAGAACCGCCUGUUACACACAGGAGGGAGAUGCGUCCUUCGUCACCAUGCAAAGCCAGCCUUAACACAAAAUAGGAAAAUGUGGCAGGUCUCUAAUUACGGACUGAGAACAAGCAGAAGAGGAGUGACACUGCAGAUUCCGAGGCACUGCAGUGGGAUGUUGGCUCAGCAAGUGGCUGUGAUGUACGGGAUAGGCAUGGAACAGGAUUCCAGCUGUUCCAUGCAAAUAGGAUAAAAGAAUGGUAAAGAGGAUUCCUUUUUUUUUCCCUCCUCAAAACGUUACCAGCAAAGUACAUUCACAGAGCCUUUUUAAGGUGCCUUUUGCCAGCUUUUGAACUGAACUUGUACCAGUAUCUCAAGCCCUGAAUUGUAAGAGGAGCUGAGAGUUCUGGAACUCAUUUUUAAAAAGUAGAUCUACGAAGGUAAAGUACCAGAUUCCUCUUGUGUUCCACGGGCCCUCAGUAGCCAAUCUGAAAUGCUCAUUUAGGAUACUAUGACUUGAAAGUUUACUCUUUCUUCUUAUUCCAGAUUCUAGGACGUCCGUUUCUGUUACUGGCUCCUUCUUGUGCUUGGAUGCAGCCCCCUAGCAUGCACCAGGCUUUAGCGUCAGUGCUACCUGGGGGAUGGAGCCAGUCCAGAAAGGGCCAGUCACAUCCAUCUCAUAGCUCACCCUCUCACAGAAGAAAAGAGAGCAUGUUUCCUUUCUCCACUGUCAGAGGUCUCUUCUUUCUGCAUAGCAGUUUGCAUCUUCAGAGCAACGUUGAGGAUGCUGAGUCAGGUUUAAAGGACGUUUGGUCAGAAAAAACACAAGCAUGGUGAUGUAUCACCCAUCAGUAUGUCUCCCAUCAGUCAGUCUCAGUUUAUUCCACUCGGGGAGAUCCUCUGCUUGGCCAUCUCAGCAAUGAACUCGGCAAGAAAGCCUGUCACCCAAGAAGCACUGAUGGAGCACCUGACCACGUGCUUCCCAGGUGUUCCAACGCCAAGCCAAGAAAUUCUGCGGCACACGCUGAACACGCUGGUACGGGAGAGGAAGAUCUACCCAACUCCAGAUGGCUACUUCAUCGUGACCCCACAGACUUAUUUCAUAACUCCUUCCCUCAUAAGAACUAACAGUAAAUGGUACCAUUUGGACGAGAGGAUACCUGACCGGUCUCAGUGCACCUCUCCGCAACCCGGGACCAUCACGCCCUCUGCCUCAGGCUGUGUCAGGGAAAGGACAUUGCCCCGAAACCACUGCGACUCUUGCCACUGCUGCAGAGAAGACGUGCACAGCACGCAUGCACCCACCCUGCAAAGGAAGUCUGCCAAGGACUGCAAAGACCCUUACUGUCCCCCUUCUCUGUGCCAGGUGCCACCCACUGAAAAGAGCAAAAGUACUGUAAAUUUUUCCUAUAAGACAGAAACUCUCUCAAAACCUAAAGAUAGUGAAAAGCAGUCAAAAAAAUUCGGGCUAAAGUUAUUCCGGUUAAGUUUUAAAAAAGACAAGACCAAACAGCUGGCCAAUUUUUCUGCCCAGUUUCCUCCUGAAGAGUGGCCCCUGCGAGACGAGGACACGCCAGCUACGAUCCCUCGGGAAGUAGAGAUGGAAAUCAUUAGGCGCAUUAACCCAGACCUGACCGUGGAAAAUGUCAUGCGGCACACCGCGCUCAUGAAGAAACUGGAAGAAGAAAAGGCCCAGAGGAGUAAAGCCGGAUCCUCUGCCCAUCACAGCGGAAGGAGUAAAAAGAGUAGGACUCAUCGGAAGUCCCAUGGAAAGUCUCGGUCUCACAGCAAGACACGGGUGUCUAAAGGAGACCCUUCCGACGGUUCACAUCUGGAUAUCCCAGCUGAAAGAGAGUAUGACUUUUGUGAUCCUCUUACCAGGGUGCCCAGGGAGGGCUGCUUCAUCAUUGAACACAAAGGAGAUAACUUCAUCAUGCACAGCAACACAAACGUGCUCGAGUCCCACUUCCCCAUGACACCAGAAUGGGAUGUGUCUGGUGAAUUGGCUAAAAGGAGAACUGAGAUGCCUUUUCCUGAACCUUCCAGGGGAAGCUCCCACUCAAAAGUGCACCGAAGCCACAGCCAUACACAGGACCGGAGGUCCAGGAAUGAGAGAUCCAACAAAGCCAAGGAGAGAUCCAGGUCGAUGGAUAACUCCAAAGGCCCUCUGGGUGCUUCUUCUCUAGGGACGCCGGAAGACCUUGCUGAAGGCUGCAGCCAAGACGACCAGACCCCCAGCCAAUCCUACAUUGACGACAGUACUUUAAGGCCUGCACAGACCGUUAGUCUCCAAAGGGCUCACAUUUCGUCCACAAGCUAUAAAGAGGUGUGUAUUCCAGAGAUAGUCAGUGGCAGCAAGGAACCGUCCAGCGCUUGCAGCCUUUUGGAGCCAGGAAAACCACCCGAGAGUUUGCCAUCCUAUGGCGAACUCAACUCUUGUCCAACAAAAACAGCCACAGAUGACUAUUUCCAGUGCAACACCUCUAGUGAGACGGUGCUCACGGCACCAUCACCUCUGGGAAAGAAUAAGGAGGACCAUGACACUCUGACUUUGGCAGAAGGGGUGAAAAAGCUCUCCCCAUCUGAUAGGCAGGUCCCCCACUCCUCCAGGGAGCCUGUGGGGCACAAGGAGGAGUCACCAAAAGGGCCGGGUGGGGGCCCCGCUGCUUCGGGAGGAGUGGCUGAAGGGAUCGCCAACGGACGCCUUGUCCAGCACCAUGGUGCCGAGCCCAGCAGCUUGGACAAGAGGAAAGAGAUAUUUAGCAAAGACACACUGUUCAAACCUCUUCACAGCACCUUGUCUGUAAACAGCUAUCACAAGUCGAGCCUGUCCCUCCUCAAAUCUCACCCGAAGACACCUGCUGACACAUUGCCAGGCCGAUGUGAGAAACUGGAACCGUCCCUGGGGACCUCGGCGGCACAAGCCAUGCCUGCUUCCCAGCGUCAGCAGGAGUCAGGAGGGAACCAGGAAGCCUCUUUUGACUAUUACAACGUCUCUGAUGAUGACGACUCUGAGGAAGGGGCAAACAAGAACACGGAGGAGGAGAAAAAUAGAGAGGACGUAGGCACCAUGCAGUGGCUCCUCGAGAGGGAGAAGGAAAGAGACUUGCAGAGGAAAUUUGAAAAGAACCUCACCCUUCUCGCCCCAAAAGAAACCGACAGCAGCAGCAACCAGAGAGCCACCCAUUCAGCCCGGCUCGACAGCAUGGACAGCAGCAGCAUCACAGUGGACAGUGGAUUCAACUCCCCACGUACUCGGGAGAGCCUGGCUUCCAACACAUCAAGCAUUGUUGAAAGUAACCGUCGUCAGAACCCCGCUUUGAGCCCGGCCCAUGGUGGAGCUGGUCCAGCCUUCAACUUCCGAGCGAGCGCGGAGCCCCCGACAAAUGAAGCUGAGAAGCUACAGAAACCUUCCAACUGCUUGCAAGCUUCUGUUACUAGCGUGUGAUUGUCCUUCUGCCUCAGAUCUUCUGUCUCAUUCGAUACAGCAAAGUUUACGACACUGGGACUGAUGUUUACAUCUUUGGAAAGACAAGCAUCUCAACCACAGUUUUUGUGUUUACUUAAACUGUGCUGCUAAGUAGGGCUAGGGCAAAAAAACAAAAAAUCUUUAUUUCAGAGUAUUGCUUUUCACAUUUAUGGCUCUGUAGCAACUGAAUAACAGUAGGGGUGAUAUGUAUACUUUUGCUUCACUAAUUGUAUCUGAGCACACAUAGGAAAGUCUAGACACUGUAAGUGUAAUACGCAUUUUCAAUGUCAUGCAGUUGCCAAUUCCAUUUUAAAAUGCCACAGAUGCGUGUUGCUCCCAGUCUGUGGUUAAACGGUGCCACAGAACUGAUCCUUGACACUUCCAAAAAAAAACAAAACAAAACAAAAAAAAUUAAAAAAAAAAACAAAAACAAAACUAAGCUACCACGAAAUGUCAAAUGCAAGGGUCCACCUUGAGGGAAAUAGAUGCCAAACUAACUAGAAGGGACCCCGGCCCUUUGUGUGUGAAUUGUUUAUGCACCAGUCAUUUUUCACUGUGAGUUUUCGUGACACUAUUUUGCAGGAGCCCAUGGAAGUGUGUAAGAAGGGGUCGCAAUGGAGAUCGCUGGGAGUGAAUGUUUUCAGGGUUUUGUUUUCAAGUGUCACAGAUGCUUGUCUGAUUUUUUUAACCUUCCGUGAUCACAAACAGGAAUAUAGGCCUUUGAAUCUGAAGUGGACAAAGGAAAGGAAUUUCCAGUCUGGCUGGGGCACAGCAUUAGGUGAUUGAAAAGGUGAUGUGGACUUGUAAAAGGUGUUACUCAAAUAUUGAAGGAAGAGAAUUUCCUCCUUGUGAUACUUAGGAUGACCCUAUCUUACUCUAAUAGAUACAAUAAUUAGUUUGUUUAAAAGCAAAAUGUUCUUUGUGAUACAAAUGAAGAGUAGGGCCUGAGGAUGUUAUUCUUUCUAAUGGAAGGACAUAAAUCUAUUUUAUGUAGUUUUAAAUAGAAUGCCUAAAUUAGGCUGUGGGAGAUAAUUUUUAGUGGUUAUAGGAAAGAGCAAAUUUAGGGAGAGUUGAACUUCAGGCCUUUUAUUCCUGGGAAGAUAUCUAUAGAGAAAACUUUUAAAAUAAUUUUUGAUUAGAAAUAUACAUGUGCCCAUGUAAUAAACAACAGAAUGUGCUCAUUCUGCUAGUGCGGUAUAAUCCUAAUUUGUACUCCCCUAAAAUUUAUCAGAAUAACAAUUAUGCAUACAUGAACUAUGCCAGAGUAAUGUUUACAGAUACUUUGUAACCAAUUUCAGGAGGCGUUUUUAGCUGGAUGUGUAGUUAAUUAGCCCAACUUAUUUCCAAAUGGUUUGUUAACAUUUUGCUUUGGUUUACAAUGUCAUGUUGAACACAAAGAAGACCCAGCAGCAAAGGGAUGACCAAUAAUUUCAUCUUAUAGCAAAGAGACAUUCCAACGUUCCCAUGUUUUAUUUUCUGAGAACAGUGGGACAGAUCUGUAGUAAUGGAAUAUUAUUUGCAAAAGGGUUACAUAUGACACAAGUAAGUGUUCUGACAUAAAGUUUUAUUUAGUUCAGUGGCAUGUGCUGUUGGGAGCCAUACACCAUAAAAUAUAUAUAUCCCAAAAUAAAUCUAGAAUAUUUUCACCUCCAAUUUCAGUAAUUGGCAUAUGAUUUGUGAGACGCAUCUGUUUUUGUAUGAGGUUUAAUCACUAGCAAUCUGUUUAAAGAAUCCAGUCCUAUACACAGUUGGACUCAUUCUUGAAACCUUUAAAUGCUCCCUCAUAGUUUUUCAGUUAUUUGGAAGUUGCAUUGGGUCAAACUGAACUCCUUGAGUUUGGUGUAAAUUCCUUUUUUCUGCUUAUUAUAGUGAAACUUCAGCACGUUUCUUAGUAAACUCCCAUACCAUUGAAAUGCUUAAGCCAGUUGGCUUUCAGUCUCAUGCCUUAUUUCCUCCAAGGCAUGCCUCAACGCAUUGUUUGUCUCAUUGCUUAAAUAUGUCCAGAAGGAAUGAUCAUGUAUCUAAUAGACUACAUAGUCGGUUCCCUUGGGGAGUUAUAUAUCAUACAGUUACUAAAUAUUUGUCUAAAUUCAUUUUUUCCAAAAACCUGCUCUCAAAUUUUUCUUCUACUCUCAGUUCGUAAAUAAUAUAACCAUUGAAACAACACAUCAGCCUCUAGCUGAUCCUCUGAAAGUAGCCAUUGAAAUAAUCGAAUACUGUGUGAACAGGAAAGGAAAGCAUUACCUUUAAGAGAAGCUUUAAAAUAGGAAUUUAUUGAUAUUUCACAAGAUAUAGGUUUACAGAAGACAUUAUUCAAAUAAAUAUGUACACUAUUUGCCUGAUGCUAUGGGGUACAUAAUUUUUUAAAAACUCCCUUAGACCAGCAGCCAUUAGUGUAGAAAUGAUGGACUUUAAAGGUGAUACCAUGUAAGCAGAUGUUGCAUAUAAAAAUAUUCCUGCCUGAAUCUGAUCGAGAUUCUUGAAUGGGGGAGGAGUGGCAGCCGGCAGCACAUUGCAAAUGUCAUUCGAGGUCACGGUGAGGCUCUCGGUCCCGGAACAGUGGGGGCCUCGCCAGGCGUUGCCAGUAUCCCUUUCCUCCUGUAAAAUCAUAGCUUUGUGUUACACGACUGCUUAUCCAGUCUUAGGGUUUAGCAGCUGAAAGGUUUACAAAACUGAAUCUGGUUGAAUCUCUGUGAAAGGGUCAACACAUCUGUCGGCAUUUUGCACACUUAUGUAUUAUUAUGAUACAACAUAUUACUUUAUGGUAAUUUUUAUUUUUACAUAUAACUACCUCCAUAAAUUUGAUGAAAUGGCAGCCGUGUGUUAAAGAGUGUAUCGUUCAGAAGAGCAAAGUUGAACACUUCCUUCAGCAUUAGGGCAUGGCGUGCUGUGUGUGUCAGUGAUUGCCUCUGUGGACUCAUGACUUUCCAUCGCCAUGGCUUUCUCUUACGCCGCUGUUUGGCUUUCAGAUGUAAUCCUGUCUUCUCCUCUCUUCCCCACGAAAGCGCACUCGAUUUUGUUAGGAAUGAACAGAAGUUUAAAAAUUCUUGUGCCCACCCCCGCCCUCCACCCAUUCCUGUUAAAAGUUCUCUGGCGAAGAGCCAAUGGGUGAACGUAAUUGAAAGAGCUAUUUACUCCUUUGGAAAUCUGAUUUGAAGUCUAAGUUUUCAGUAACAGAAGACACACAAGCAAUGUGGACUGCCAAGCUUGACGCACUUCGGGCUCUGCCUUCACUCGCAUGCUACCAUGUCGAGCCCAAACUCCACUUUAAUUAAAAGAGCUGUGCUGUGAAUUCCACAACUUCUGUUAAAUAAUUUGUAUUCCAUUAUAUAUAUUUUGCACAUCUCAGGGGACCAUAAUGAACAUAUGAAAGGGGGGGUGCCAUCAAAUAGAGAAAACAAGUAGAAGAGGUGAAUGGAGACUAGCUGGAUAAAAAUAACAAAUUACUUCUUCUCUGAUGUUGUGAAGGUCAGGUUCAGGAAGCAUCAAUUCACAGUUAAUCUGGAGUAACAAUGAUCUGAACACCAGCUGUUCCCAGGUCCCUCUUUUUCAUAGCCCAACCAGCAUCUAAAAUGUAAAUUUAAAUGACAUUGCAGUCACCGUGGGGAGAAGAAACCUGUUCAGUGGAAGCAGAAGCAUUGUUCCUUUUUUAGGUUGGCGCAGCUUUGCAAAACUCUACCCAGGAUAAACCACUUAUCACCACCAAGUGUACUUGAAAAUAAAGUUUUUAACUUAAAUUACAAGCAUAUUGCUCAUAAUACAAUAGUGAUCAUUUUUUGAAAGUCUUGCCAUUUAUAACAUGGGCAGUAUUUGGAGCUUCAUUUAAAAACCAACAACAACCGAUAAUGACUUUGCACGAUUCACUUUGGGAUCUCUAAGUGCUUCCAAAGCAUUCAGAUUUACAAACAAUUCACAAGACAGGUCAUCUUUGUAAUACCCAUACUUACAAUGAAUUAACAAAAGGAGUGACUUAAGAUUCUCCAGGAACACAGUGGCAGCUAUCGAUGAUCUGUUUUCUAUCUGUUUGAUAGAGCAUCAUGAGAAAUCACAAAAUACAAUGCUAUUUUUCUGAUGUGUGCUAAUAAAGUCAAAGAAAACAAAUACAUCUUGACACUUUUGUCCAUUUUCAUUCAAAAAAAAAAAAGUUCAGGGUGUUUGGAAUUUUACACCUCAGCACACCUUACUGGUAUCAGUGGAGAAAGCGGGUGAUUGACAGAUCCACCCAAACGCCACUGCAGUCAGAAGCAGAUCUGGACACACCCUUGUUUACAGUUUCAUAUUGGGUUGCUAUAGUUCUCGUGCUAAAUCACCAGCUUUCAGGAACAUGACCGCUCCUGGCAGUGGAAGGUGCUGAAACAGAAAUUUUAAUUAAAAACUUUAUCAAGUACUCUUCACAGUGCUGCUUGGCACCCUAGAAAAUCAGUACAAUAUAUCGAGCCCUACUUUGGAGGAGCUGGAUUUCUGAGGGAGCUGAUCCAGUUCUAAGUGUUUUCUCGAAUUAGGAGAUAGAUGAUCUUUGAUGGGGAUCUCCUCCGUCACCACAGGCCAGUCACAGAACCAACUAGCCACGUGCUGCCAGACCUCAGUGGGCCCAAGCAGGAGCAAUCUCUUCUAUCCCCCAUCUCCCCCAGGACCAUCCUGCCCAUUGUCAAUGUCAUCCAGGGCUCUUCCGGUAGUGAGUGACUUUUCUGCACAUGUUUAGGGCUUGGGGGAGCUAGAACACAGGAAACAUGAAUGCAAAAGGCAUGGAAAAUACUGUUUUGCUUUGCGUUAGUAAAAUGCGGGCAGGAAAAAGAUUACUAUCGGUCUGAGCUUUGCCAAGUGAGAUAGAAUCAACUGUCACCCCAUUCCUCUCCCAGAAGGUCUUAUGGUAUUAAGGAUACAUCUAAUAUUUUCCCACAGAUUUUUAUUCAGGAGAUGUUUCAUAAAUUACAUAUAUGAAAACAUUCAUUAUUACGUUUCCUUGUGUAUUUCAAACAGACAUUGGCACCUUCCUAUUGAGUUAAUACUCUGCAUCUUUUGCAGCAGCAGCCCACAAGGAGAUUCCCAGAGAUGGCUCCCCUAACACACAGUCCUGUGAUUUUACAGUUCUAUGACUUACAGUUGAUGAUUCACAAGAUUCAGGAUUCUACAAGACUCAAGGGGGAACUAAACUUUCUUAUGAUUGUACAUGAUCAGUUAUAGGGCUGUAAUCAUUAAUUGUUGGCUUCAAAUGUGGACACACACACACACAUCAUGCCAAGGAGGGAAUGGGGUGUUUCAAGUCAGGCAGCGAUGAUUCUGGAAGGUUGGAAAUGUAAGGUUAGAAGCUUGGCUGGUCCGUGUACAGUUGUCUGCCUCCCUGUCCCAAGGCUGGUCUUAGUAAACCUGUUCCCUUGCUCCCACCAAGAAGAGGUACCAAAUGUGAGACCUGAGAUCUCCUCCAAUAUCUGUCCUCUGCAGUUCCGGGAAACUAAUCAUGAAGUGCACAUGCAGCAGCUCCUCCACUUCCUUUCCUCCGAGGCCCUCCUUUCCAUUCUCCCACCUAGAUACUGACACACCGCCACGGUUUCCACAUUGGAAGGGCAGAACACUGUGCAGUAUCGUGCACACUUGCUGGGUUAGGAAUAGAGCUGCCCUAGGGUCACCUUCAUGCAAGUAUUGACAGCUACAAAUGAAAGUCCUUAGAGCAGUUGACACAGAUACUACGUUCUAGAAGAGAAUUAAAUUUAAACGUCAAGUUUAAAGGGAUCAUAAUUCUGCAGGUAUCUUUCUCUGAGUGACUGAAUGUGACUAUUGCAUUAGGGUAAAUGAAUUAAGACGUGCAAGUGGGAUUUACUGUAUGUUAGAAAGGAGUUUUGCAGCCAAGACUGCCUUGAAUAAAAUGUGUUUGCACUGAAAAAAAAUUUUAAAUUACUUGGUCUCUGGUUGCUGUAAAGGUCAUCCAAGAUGGAUGUUCUGUUUAUAUUGUAUAGUAUUUCAUAUGAAAUAAUUACAGUUCAUGAAAUGUCUUCCCUAAUGUUACUGAUUUAUAACAGCACAUUUGUAACAUGGUUUUUAUCGUGUCAGUGUACCAUACUGUAAAUGAUGAUUACUUGUCAUGCUUAGUAUAAUAACUUAAAAGAAAAAAAAGGACAGGGAUUUUUGUAAGUCUAUAUUUGAAAGUCCCUCCCUAUGGUGAUACUGUGUUCAUGUUGUUUAUGUAGUGUUGUGUGAAAUAUCCAUUUUGGAUUGUGUUACUUUUUAAGAUAUUAAAUAACAUUUGGUUAUA